AUGAAUCAAGACUCUGGCGCCGCUGCGAGUUUGAGCAAUGGAGAGAACAAGAAGCGCAGCUUCGAGGGCAAGAUGGUGAACGGAGAGCCCAAGACUGCGCCGGGCACGCCCACGGUCAACGGCGCACCCUCUACAGGACCCGGCAGCGCCUUGGCCGUCUCCGCACCGCUGGUUCCCACACCUGACGCGCUCGCAGAACUGCCGCCCGAGAUUGCGCACAUCACGCAGGAGCACUACCACCCGCUCUCUACUCUGCUCUUGCGCAUAUCACAGGAAACGUACAAUGAUCUCUCCGAAACCCUCCAGGCUAUGGCGCAGAUGCCGCUCGCCCCCCAGACGAACGGUGUCAUGACGAACGGAGCAGGAGCGCAUCGCAACGCCCAGAAGAAUGAAGAGGCAAUCAAAAUCUACACCAAUGCUGCUGCAGAGCGGAACCCAGACAUCGCCACCGCAAUUGAAAUUUUGUCAACUGGAAAAGCGCCAUGGAUGCCAUCGCUAGGCUACAUUCCUCCAGAGCCAAUAUCGCCAGAGCAGGCCCUUAAGCUCCUCCGAUAUGUCAAUACUACCAUGUCCAUACGGCUAAAUGUCCACGAAUCUCUUCCACGGCACCUGCAGGACUGGCGGAUAGAGUCUGGGCGCACCACGUUCGUCAUGGGCAAAGAGCUGGAGUUUGAUGUCAUCUCGUUUUCUGAAGACACUUCGGAACAAUGGUGGCUUGUUGACCUGCGAUUGCUCUUUUCUCCGGCGCCAACAAUUACAGUGAAUAGCCAUUUCUUCGAACGCGUACAGAUGCAGGCCAACGCAAUCUCGAAAGAGAAGGGCCUGGUCGGCCUGUUCGACUUUUUCAAUAACUUCGUACUUACACACAAGAUCUCCGUCCUUCGCUCACAGGCUCUAGCGCUUGUGAGGUCGGAGUGGGCAGGCUCACUAAAAGUUGAGAACGUCCACCGCGAGCUCGUAGUCUCCUACUGGACCGACAGGCCUACAAAGAAGAACUGGAUUGAACUUGGUAUUUCGAAAAACAACACUAGAAAAGGAAAGUCGUCAUGGCGAGGGCAGUCCCUGCCAUCUCUCAAUAUGCGCUGGUUCCGCCAAGGUGUGGAAGUGAAGGACUUCAAGCUCGACUUUGACUGGCACAACCUGUCAUUCGAACGCGUCAUCAAGCGCAUCAUUGCGUGCCACGCUAGCGACAUCUUACGAUCGACACAUGAGAGCCUCAACCCGCAACUUGUUGCGGGAUCAAGCCUGUCAGACUCUGAGCCGGCAGACUGCAAGCUUCAAGUUUCCUUGGGGACUAGCGGCAAUGCGGCAACCUUGUCCCUAGAACCAGUCACUGGAAGCUACAUCUUACAGCCCGCCACCCAUGUGACGGCUAGAGCGGAACAUGCGUUCAACCAAGGCAGGGAGCCGAAGGUUAUGGCUAACAUAUUGACUGAAGUCUUGGCACAAACUCUACACGAGCUUGUGCAGAAACAUGCGCAACAGCUUGGAUGGCAUAACAUCAAUCGGCCAGCCCUCCCUUCAGAUAGUGUGAAAUCUGCCGUAAAGUUGGCCGUUAUCCGGUAUGCCAUGUACACACCACGAGGCUGGUCAUCGACCUGGGCUUUGGGAAAUGUAGUAGACGCUACUGGUAGUUCAUGGUGGAUCUUCGAAAUCGGAAAGAAUGGCACAGCCAUUGAGCAUGCCGAGCAAAUCAAGAUGGACCGCCCGGAUGGAAGCACACUUGCAAUCACUCGCAGCACCUUGGCAAGUCUUGAGCGGGUAGCCGUGCAACUCCUGUCCGCUCGUGUCACGGUCCGGCAACUGGAAAAGGAGAAGAAGCAAUUCAGUCUACGGUAUGAGCUCGGACAGCAAAAGAGGAAGAUGAAAACGUCUGUCGCCGCAGACAUGCAAAAGCUGAUGGCAGCUUCACCGCAAAAAGGCUUCAAGUUCUCGGCCGAUGGCAGCUUUAGGAUACUUCUGUCGACACCCUUCGGACAAGAUAUUCUUGGCGAGCUACGAGGACGACUGCGAGAUGUUAAUCGCCUUCGUUCCUUUGCGACGACCCUACAGAAGCGUGAGAUGCGCCUAGGCUCCUCAUCACUACAGCGUGUGGAGUUCCGAUACGGCCCUUCGUCGCAUGUCGCCGCUGUUAGCUUCGGUGCUGAGAAGGAGAUCGCUAUUGAGAUGUCGCAUAAGAACCCACAUCACCGUGUCCACAAAAUGCUCACAGACAUUGCCAAUAGCCACAACCAACAACUCCCGGGUAUCUUCACCGGCGAUGCCAACGGUCUUGAUCGCUUCUGUACUACGCUUUUGGUCACGCGCCCGUUGGUGACUGCGCUUCAAGCUCUCGAAGCCAACGAUGCCAACGUCAACGCACGGAAUCCAGCUACCCACGUCCACUCCCUUUUCAAGUACAGACUCGCCUACGAGAAUCCCGUAUGCACCUUCGACGUCCGCGUGCAACCAAAGGACGACAAGGUGUACUGGUUCAUUGAAGACAACAUGAAGAAGCACACACCCGAUCUACGACCAACCCCUGAAAGAUACCCAACUCACCAGAGGUUGGAGACUCUGCAAGAAAAGCUGAAAGAGUUCUUCUCGAGCAAGGGCGAGCGAUGGUUCGGUACACGAAACGGCCUUGUUGCAGAAAUCGAUGGCGUAGGCGAAGCGCUCAGCAAACUCAACGAGUGCGUCUUGAGCUGUACUAUGGAAGGCGGAUACAAAGCUCCUCCUCCAUUGGUGCUUCCCGCUGCACAACCACAAACACAGCAACCACAAGCCCAACAACCGCAAAUGACUGGCCAACAGCAGCAGCAGCAGCAGCAAAUAGCCAACCAACAGCGAUUGCAGCAACAAGCUCGCCAACAACAGGCGCAACAGCAAGGCCAGCGGAGACCGCCACAACAAAAUCAACAGCAAAAUGGCAGACCACAGAUGCAGAACGGUCGUCCACCGCAGCAGCAGCAGCCGCAGGGCAGGCCAAAUGGUAGACCCGGUCAAGGGCAGGAUGUUAUCACGAUCGACUAG